CUUUCGCUGUGAAAACAAUGAAACGAAAUUUAGUUUUACUUGUUGCCUUGAUAGGCUUUGCUGCUGCUGCUGCUGAAAAGAAUGAGACUUCAUCUCAUUGCCCCGAGAACUCCAAACCAGGACAAUUCGUUCUUGUACCUCACGAAACUGAUUGUGAUAAGUUCUACAUGUGCAUGGGACCUAAAGAGACUUUGAAAACUUGUCGCAAAGGUCAACUCUUCAACCCCGUAAAGCAUCGUUGUGACAAAGCUGAAAACGUUCAAUGUGACUCUGAAGGUUCUACUAACUCUCCUCCCGAACCUGAGAAGGAACAUUGUCCAAAAGACGGGAAACCCGGAAAAUUCAUGUUAGUUCCACACGAAACGGAUUGCGAUAAGUUCUACAUGUGCAUGGGACCCAAAGAAACCUUGAAGGUUUGUCGCAAGGGUCAACUUUUCAACAAGGAGAAACGCCGAUGUGACAAAGCUGAGAACGUGGUUUGUGAUAAUGAAGUAACUACAGUUUCUACCUUUGAGGUUGAAGAUGAAGAUAAGCACUGCCCAGCUGAUGCUGAUCCAAAGAAGCUGACAAGAGUCGCCCAUGAAACAGAUUGUGACAAGUACUACAUGUGCUACAAGGGCAAGGAAAAACUUCAUACUUGCAAGCAAGGAAAACUUUUCAGCUCCAAAUCAGGCUUUUGUGUGACCGCGAGUAAAGUUGAUUGUGGCGAUAGAACGACAGCUGCUCCAACUACUACAGUUUCCACAACUACCACAGAGGAAGUUGAAACAGAAGUUCCUGAAAUUUUCUACGAAGAGUUCAAACAUUGCCCCGAAAACAACACCCGAGUCGUUACACUUCCCCAUGAAACGGAUUGCGAUAAAUAUUGGCUCUGCUCGGCGCGUCAUGAAAAGUUGAAGCAAUGCAAGGAAGGAAAGCUUUACAGUGAACGUCACAGUUUAUGUCUUUCUGAACACAAAGUUGAUUGUGGAGAUCGGACUACAGUUGCUCCAACAACUACCACAGAAGAGCCUGAAACAGAAGCUCCCGAAACUGAAACAGUUUCUUUGGCUGUAGCUCCUGAAUGUCCCAAUAACCAUCGCUUUGAAACGUUCCCCCAUCCAGAAGACUGUCACAAGUUCUUCGUUUGUCGCAAUGGAGAAGCCUUUGAAAAGGAUUGUCGCGAAAAAUUCGUCUUUGAUGCCUUGAAGAAACGUUGUGUCAAAGAAACUGAAGAGAAUUCAUGUUCAGUUGAAACUCGUAAAGGAAAUGAACAUUUGAAACCAACGAUGACUCCAUUGGAAGGCUCUUGCCGCAAAUUUGUCUUCCAAUUCCAAUAUCGCAAGUAUAAUUUCGAAUGCAAGACUGGAUUUUGGUUCAAUCCAGUAUUGAAACAUUGCAGCAAAGAUAAAGCUGGCGUUUGUUCCCAUGAAAAAGCCUCCAAAUAAGCGAUUUACGACCACUUAGAAGCUUAAAACGAAGUUUAAUAAAACUAACAAAAAAAAAACAUUCACUUUGUAUAAUUUCUACU